CUGGAAAACUAUAAAUAGGAUAUUUGACCCCCAUCCCCAUCCUCCUUCCUCCCUCCCCGCCCCAUCGUCCAGGUUCUGCGUUACGGCCCUGCGUUGGUGUCAGAGCGCAGCUCACAGCGCUCCUCCUGCGGCUCCACAACUCGGAUGUCCCGCUGCAUAGAUUUGUGACACUUAUCUUAAUAUUACUAAAUAUAAUGGCGUUUAGUUGCACAACUUUACGGACUCGUUCAUUCGUGGCUGUUUUCACAUUAUUGAGCUGUUCGUAUUAGUCUCGAUGUUUGCAGUUUUCUGGAGCGCAAAGCGAAACUCGACGUCAUUCACGGGUAAUAUAUUGACAUUAACAAAGACAGCGGGACGUCAGUAACGCGUUACUGACGUCGGGCCACUUUUUUCAGUAACGAGUAAUAACGAGUUCAAAUCCAGUAGUCAGACUACAGUUACUUAGUCAGACUAAGUGACUGUAACGCGUUACUGGUGCUGUGUAACCUUUGCUCUCGACCAAGUCAGUGGUGUUUGGAGGUAAAGGGAACGCGGUUAUCAAAACAGAGUUAUGUAAUCUUGUUUGGUCUCUUUCACAAUUCCAUGCUGGUGAACCAUUUACUCCUUCUCUUAUAUUUGCUAUGGACCUUGACUCUACAGAUAAAGCGGCAAACUUCACCGGCAAGUUUAAGUUUUGCUCGGUUAAUUUGUACAGUUGAAGGUGAGAAGCGGCUACUUCUGGAGAGCUGUAACCAUGGUGCAAGUUGAUGAAGCAGUGAGCGGUUUUGUUGAGGUUCUUCUGUCAAAUUUGGUUUUAACCUGUGUGUUACUUCUGGCCUGCUACGCUGCUGUCCGCUGCUACAUCAGAGAUUCCUACAGGAUUGGUGGUUUCAGUCAGAAGCAUGUGUUCAUCACUGGCUGUGACAGUGGCUUUGGGAACCUCCUGGCCAGACAGCUGGACCAGAAAGGCUUCAGGGUCAUAGCUGGAUGUCUAACAGAGAAAGGUGCUGCAGAUUUGGCAGCAGCGACAAGCCCCAGACUGAAGACCCUCUUGCUGAAUGUUACAGACAGCGCGAGCAUCCGGAGUGUCGUGGAGUUUGUGAGGAGAGAGGUGGGGGAGCGAGGCCUCUGGGGGCUGGUAAAUAAUGCUGGCAGGUCGGUUCCCAUUGGACCGACAGAAUGGAUGCAGCUGGAGGACUUUGCAAAGGUGUUGGAUGUAAAUCUGAUCGGGGUUAUUGAUGUAACCCUGCAGUUUCUGCCUCUCCUGAAGAAAGCCAAGGGCAGAGUGGUGAACGUGGCCAGCAUUUUGGGGAGGCUGUCGCUCAUCGGUGGAGGAUACUGUCUAUCCAAAUGGGGUGUGGAAGCUUUUUCUGACAGCCUCAGGAGGGACAUGCAGCACUUCGGUAUAAAAGUUAGCAUCAUUGAGCCAGGUUUCUUCAAGACCGGUGUGACCAGUGUAGAUCUCAUCAAUGCUGACUUGAAAAGGCUGUGGGCGCGCCUUCCUCAAGACGUUAAGGACUCAUACGGUGCCACAUAUUUAGAUAACUAUAUAAGAAUGCAGGGCUUCUCUAUGAACAUCUUGUGCUCUCCGGAUAUCUCCAAGGUUACCUGGUGCAUGGAGCAUGCUCUCACUGCUCAGCAUCCGCGCACACGUUAUGGAGCUGGCUGGGAUGCCAAGUUUUUCUGGAUCCCUCUGUCCUAUCUGCCUUCAUUUGUCUCAGACUUCGUUGUAAAUGUGCUCCUCCCCUCACCUAAAGAUAAAGCAAGCAGUUGAAUAAAAGAUGGUUAUACACACUGUAGCAAAACAUGCCCUCAAUGUUUAUUGGCAUUCCCUGGAAGGACGAAAAUAUCCUGGAAAUGAAUUAUUUAAAAUAAAAUAAAAAUCUCUGAGCAAAUGCACUGCAAUUUUGUGGAUUUUGGAGGAUUUUCCCACCUUAUUUAUAGUCUUGGUUUUAAACUUUUUUGAUUAUUUAUAUAGCUGAGCUAUUUUCUCACACCCACUUGACUUGUACAAGCUGCACCUGAAUGAUAUGCUUCCUCUUCUUUCCAAUUUUAAGCAAUGACAAAGAAAUGACUGUCCAUGUCAUUUCAUGCUUCCCAACGAAGAAAUCCUUGAUAUAGUAGUAUCUCAAAAACCCGGGCUCAGCAUCUAAUCAAAAUCGUUUAGACGAAUACUGCCCUCUCCUGGACAGUUGUGGGAACAACAACAUUGAAAAAUUACUAGAGUUUAAUAAACUCAAACGCAAGUCUUGACUGCA